UGGGGUGUGAGCACGCCGGAAAGGGGGGUGCUGAGGAGGAUCAAGGUCUGGUUCGCUGAAUCCAGGAGAGAGGUGGCCUUGGCCUCCCUUGAUGGGGCUCCUGGAUGCGUCCCGCAGCAGCCCUGAAAGGGAGGCCGAGGAAAUUGUUGUGGGUGUGGUGUGAUGCGAGAGGGAAAGGGGGAAAAUAUCCAUCUGAGGGGAGAAGAAGGGGGGAGCAAGUGCGAGUGGUGAGUGGCCUCUCUGCCUGGCCCUGGAGUUCAGUGACCAUGAAAGGGGUCCGAUUGAUAGCCGUGGAAAGAGAGAGUCUGCUUGUCAGCCCAACAGUUUGACAGGCACACCAAUGAAGAGCCCUGUGAAGUCGUCUCUGGCACGACCCCAGUAGCAUGCACGUCGGCACGUAGCAAGAAGCAGGAUGGCCCAGCAAGCGAACGUUGGCGCUCUCCUGACCAUGCUGGAUUCUCCAGAUCUGGCUGUCCAGGAAGAAAUAACAGCUGAGUUCCGUGAGCACCUCAAUUUGGAUCGUGGACCUAUGGUUAUCAAUUCUUUGGUGGAUUACUAUUUGGAAACCAGUUCCCAGCAGGCCUUGCACAUCCUGUCCACACUUCAGGAGCCCCAUGACAAGCAUCUUCUGGACAAGAUCAAUGAAUAUAUGAGCAGACCGACUACCCGUCUCUCCACCCUCUCUCUCCUUGGUCACGUGAUACGGCGCCAGCCCUCUUGGAAACAUAAACUGUCCCAAGCGCCUGUCCUGCUCUCUUUGCUCAAGUGUCUCAAGACGGACACGGAUGUUGUGGUACUCAUCACAGGUGUGCUGGUGCUGAUAACCCUUCUGCCAAUGAUCCCCCAGUCUGGGAAACAGCACCUUCACGAUUUCUUUGGCGUCUUUGGCCGCUUUUCCUCCUGGUGCUUGAAGAACCCAGGUCACGUGGCGGAGAUCUACCUAGUCCACCUCCAUGCCAGCGUCUACGCCCUCUUUCACCGCCUCUAUGGAAUGUAUCCUUGCAACUUCGUUUCCUUCCUACGCUCGCACUACAGUAUGAAGGAGAACUUGGAGACCUUCGAAGAGGUGGUCAAGCCAAUGAUGAAACACGUGCGUAUCCAUCCCGAGCUGGUGACUGGUUCCAAGGAUCACGAGCUAGACCCUCGCAGGUGGAAGAGACUAGAAACGCACGACGUUGUGAUCGAAUGUGCCAAAAUCUCCCUGGACCCAGCCGAGGCGUCCUAUGAAGAUGGCUACUGUUCCGCAUCCCAGCAGGGCUGCUCCCGCUUGCAGCAUCGUCCGGCAGACCCUGGCGCCAGCCCUUACGUUUCCCCGCACAGCAGCUUAGGGGCAUCAACGUCUACCCCUUAUCCUGCUUCUCGGCUAACGCUCUCACAAGUCUCAGGGCAGCUACCUCAGAUCUUGAAUUCUCAGCCCUCCUGUCUGUCCUCUGAGCCUCAGCAGGUCGCGUUCUGGAGCCCGUCUGCUGUGUGUGGCAUGGCCACUCCCCCCACCUCCCCUGGAAUUGCUCUGGAGUCCUCGCAGACCUCCUCCCAGCCUUACAGCAAGUUCUUUCACACCCCUGCCGUUGGGAAAGGAACCCCUUUAGGAACGCCCGCCACCUCUCCCCCUCCGUUGUGCAUUUCAGAUGAGUUUUUCCACGGUUCAGAUUCUUCCGCCGCCGCGGCUCUUCCCAAGAAGGAGGAAAAACUGGAUCUUGGAAGGCCUUCCUUAUCCCGACAGCAAAAUGUGGUGAACAGCAUGAAAAGUUUGGAUUUCCAGGGCAGUAAAAGUUCGGUAAUGUUAAGUGAUCUUCCUGGCAUCUCGGGAGAGCUGGAGGCCUCUUUUGAAGACGGCAGUGAGAAGGACCGCGAGGAAGAUGCCAUUUUGAAAGAGAUCUCAGAGAUCACCACCACAGAUGGUGAGCUCAGGAUGCCCCGGGGGGGAUUUGACUCUCCUUUUUACCACUCCAACGAGAGCCUCUCUGACUCGCAGAAGAAAUCGAGCGUCCACGGGCAAGUCCUGAACGCGGAGGCUUCCUCCCUGAUGUGCCUGGACCAGUCCGGGCCCGAGAGCGGCCAGGAGAUGCCGAAGCGAGCCUUCAUGCCCAUCGACCGGCCUUGCCGAGACUCCGAGGACCCUCUUGCCGGGACCAGGGGAAGCCAGGCCUGGACAGAGAUGGGCAUCUUCACCCCCAGUCCUUGCAAGAUCCUGGCGCGCCGGAAAACCGGGUUGGAGAAUCAGCUGCCUUCCCAUUACGAGCACCUGUUUGAGAUGGCCUGGCCCAAGACGGCAUGCCUGCUAGCCAGUAAAAAGACGGAGGAGUUGCUAAAGAGAGCUGUGGGGAGUCAAGAUGAAGAUGGCUUUUCUUUCACCUCCCCCUUGGAAGUGCUCGAUAGGCUGAUACAGCACGGAGCAGACGCCCACAGCAAAGAGCUUAACAAAUUACCCUUGCCAAGCAAAUCGGCUGAUUGGACUCACUUUGGAGGUUCCCCCCCUUCGGACGAGAUCCACACCCUCCGGAACCAGCUGCACUUGCUGCACAACCAGCUCCUCUAUGAGCGCUUCAAGAGGCAACAGCACGCCCUCCGGAACCGGCGGCUGCUGCGGAAGGUCAUCAGAGCGGCUGCCCUGGAGGAGCACAAUGCUGCGAUGAAAGACCAGCUGAGGCUGCAGGAGAAGGACAUCCAGUGCUUGAAGCUCAGCCUGCAGAAGGAGCAGGCCCGGAACCGCAGGUCCCAGGAGGAGCACGACAGCGUGGUGGCCCAGCUCCACAGCCAGAUCCGCCAGCUGCAGCACGAGCGGGAGGAGUACUACAACCAGAGCCAGGAGCUGAAGACCAAGCUGGAAGACUGCUGCAACAUGGUGGCCGCUCUGCGCUUGCAGCUGAAGAAGGCCAGCAACAAGGUGUGCCACGCCGAGCUGCUGCUGAGCCAGAUGUCUCAGAAGCUUUCCAACAGUGAAUCCGUCCAGCAGCAGAUGGAGUUCUUGAACAGGCAGCUUCUGGUUCUUGGGGAGGUGAAUGAAUUGUACCUGGAGCAGCUCCAGCAUAAGCAUUCUGACACCACAAAGGACGUCGAAAUCAUGCAGGCAGCCUUCCGGAAAGAGCUGGAGAAAGCCAAGUGUUGCGUCCAGCAGCAGAGCCAGCAGCUGGAGGCUUCUCAGAAGCGGAUGCUGGAGCUGGAAUCCCAGCUGGCCAAGAGAGACCACCUCCUCCUGGAGCAGAAGAAAUACUUGGAGGAUGUUAAACUUCAAGCCAGAGGCCAGCUCCAGGCGGUCGAAAGCCGGUACAAGGUGCAGAAAAGGAUUACCCAGGCGUUUGAGUUGGAGAUCUUGGAUCUGCAUGGCCGGCUGGAGAACGACAGGCUGCAGAAGAAACUCGAAGAUGCCAAAGUGGAACCAGUGGAAACGGCAGAAGAAAGGCUGGUUGGCGCAAACGAAGCCGGCACAGACUCCGUCGCGGGAGGCAGUGAAGAAGCCCUGGACCGGAACGGCGAGGCCAAGCCUCCCAGCGCCCGGGGGGUCAGCAGUAGCAGCAGCAGCAGCAGCAGCAGUAGCGAGGUGUCCACCCCCGAGAAGCCCGCCAGCCAGAGAGCCGGGCCGUUCAACAACCGCUGGGAGGCGUCGGUGCUGCUGGAGCCGUCCCCGAGUGGCGGCCCGCUGACGGUGGGCUCCCUGCCCAGCUCGGACAGUUUCCUGGGGAUGAAGGCGCGGGAGCUGUUCCGCAACAAGAGCGAGAGUCAGUGCGACGCGGACGGGGCGGCCCUCAGCGGCCUGUGUGACACUCUCAAGACCGAACUGUGCCGCAACCCCAGUGCGGCGGCGGUGGCCAAGGCCCCGCCCAGCCCCGAGGCCCCCCCACCCUCGCCCUCGCCCCGGAGCCAGGAGUGCCGCGUCGGGCCGCUUCACAUCAUGGACUACAACGAAUGCCAGCAGGGCCACAGCUAAGCCGGAAGAGGAUCGAAUCAGUGUUACUUUUCGUAUUCUUGGCACCACCCGGGGAGGCCUCUUUCGCGGAAAGCUGUCGUUCUUCUCGUGCGGAAGAGCCUGGCCCGUUGCGCACGGACUUGGCGGGAUGGGUGCGGGAUGGAUUUGGGGUCUGGGGGUGCCAAGAGCUCGGCCUGGCCCUGCCCUCCCCCCUCCCCUUCCCCCCCUUUUUUUUGAGUCCACCUUGAGGACAUACACGUUUUUGGCGGGGUGGAAUUUCCCGUGCCUCCCCCCGGCCCAGAGGCUGCAUCCAGUGAACGUGUGUGCAAUACAAGAAGAAACGUGCCUCUCGAGGGACUUGCUUGCUUGGCUCCUGGUCCACGUGCCCGUUGCCUCGGUUCGGAGCUGGCCCCCAAAUUCCCCCCUGCAGGUGACUUGGAUCCCUGACUCCCUCGAAAGGAGGGGAUCCCGGGACGUCCGGUGGGCUCAUCCGAUGCCACCUUGGCCAUUCCCGUUUCCUUCCUCACCAUUAUGAGUAGGCUGGACUCUACUGCAGUGGUGCAAACCCUUUAAAUAAACACUGGUCAGCGUUCAGUAUCACACUUCUCUCCCUCCCCACCCCAAUCCUCUCUCUGUGCUGUCCUUAACAUUUCUGUCACUUCUUUGAGAAACUGGAAUGUCUCACUGGGAGGCACCAGGUCCCGUGAAAACACUAGAUGUCCUGAUCUCCCGCAGUUGGCCUGCUAAGCUGGUACUGAGCUGAUCUCCUUUGUGUCUGUCUCUCCGAGUGGAGAAGGUAGUGAAGGUUCUCUCUAGAGUGUGGCGCAGUCUGUAAGUAUGUAGAGAAUGGGGACUUUGGGAAUUUCCCAGAAGCAAAUUUUAGUCUCUCCUAAGGGAGUCCUGUACUGCCUGGGAAUUUCGCAUCCGAGGGUCAUCUGCCUAUAAAGGAUGCCUUGGUCCCAGACCCCGGGCUUUCAUUUCCACCCAAAGAUGGUUUCAUUCUUCCUUGAUGAUUGCCCAGUCUCAUGCGAGAGCUCUCGAACCUGGGUCUUCCGGUGCGGUUUGCCUCCGACUCCCGUCGCGAUGGGAAAGGCGUUGGGGUCCCACUGCAUCUGAAGACCUGAGCUUGAGAAACCCCUGUUCUAAUGCUCGGCUUGGAGGUGGAGGCCUUUCUGUCUCCCCUGAAGAGUGAUACUUUGGAGCGGGGAGAGAAUGUCAGGUGUGGGGUCUGUCCUGAAGCUGAGCGACUCCACUGGGUCCGAUUCUAGCUUUGGGUGGGGAUUUCUUUCCUCCCCAAAAGAAUAUCCGCCAGAAGUUCCUGGAAUGCAAAAGCUGCACAGGUUUUUCAGGAAGGCUUCCUAACUGGAAGAUUCUUGGAAGAAUCUUUCCUUUUCUUUCUUUCUUGGAAGAUUCUUUCCUAUCUUGUCUGGAUGUGGGAUGCCUUUGCAUUCCCCAUAACUUCUCAACAAAUUCUUCUCUUCCCCUUCCCCCGGUGGAAAAGCAUUAAAUGUUGGAAUCCCUUGGCAGUUUGGUGUGACCUCCCAACAACAGCUUGUGAUUCUUCCGUAGCCUUCACAGCGUAGCCUUCUGUCUCGUAAAUGCCUGGAUAUCUUUUCUUCUUCUUCAAGAAUUCUCCCAACGACAAAACACUCUCCCGGCCAGUUGAAUUGGAGAGGAGGCUGCUAAGACGUCCCCACGCACAAAGACCUGUGUGCCCCCCGUUUCCCUUUCCGUGGUUCUUUGUACAUUUCUAAGGAGUCCACGAGCGCCCCCAUUGUUGUUUCUUUGGAUCUUGGAUGGAAGUUCUCGUGCGUGUUUCAGAAUGGUGGGCUUGGGUAGUUGUGCUCAAAAGCCUUGAGUCUCUCUGUCGGAGAGGCAGGUCAGAACAUUCAGCCAACUUUGACGGCGUGUGCAGGUUGUGUGUGAGUUCAUGGCGGCCAAUGGUAGCAAGGAGGGAGUAAGCAAGGCCUGCUCAACGUAGCCCCCUCCCCCAGCCUUUUUUGGACUACAGCUCCCAUAAUCCCCAGUCGCAGUGGCCAGUAGCCAGGGAUUAUGGGAGUUGUAGGCCAACAUCUGCUGGAGGGCCAAAGUUGAGCAUCCCUGGAGUAAGCCGAUGCAGGGGGUUCUCUACUUUGGGUUGGGACUACAACUCCCAUGAUGGGAGUGGUAGCCCAGCAGUGUGGAGGUUGAGAACCCAAGACUUCCAGCCAUUCCCAAGUCCACGGGGCUUGGUCUAUAUGUGCAGCCGAAGGGAACUGGCGAGUCCUGAGAGGGUGGGAGGGACUGUACCGUUUCGGACUGGGGAGCUCCGAAUCGAUGUCUGAAUCCGUUUCCAUUUUGUUUAAACUCCCUGCAAGUCGCUUCCUGAGAUGGUAGCUUGCCGGGAGGUUGUCUUAGGUGGGCAUUCAGAUAGCUUUUUCCUCCCCCACCCCUUCUCUGCAGUCCGAGCUGGUCCUGUCCACAAAGCCACCUCAUUCUGUGGCUCCUCUAGACCAGAUCCCGUCGAAAUCCGCGGCUGCACCUUGCCUUCUCUGGCUCUUCUCCCGCCCACCCCUCCAACAACAACUAGGAUUUGGCUCCAGUUCUGUAGCGGGAAUGAAACGGACUCCGUUUCCACCCAUUCCCUACAGAUCGUCGUCUUUUCUGUUCACUUACCAAGGGGCUUUUUUGUUUUUAAUCGUCAAAAUACCUGCACACGCUUGUCGGUUGAGUUGGCCUCUUUCUCUCUAUUAAAAAGGACGCGAGCACCUUGAUGGCGUUGGCCACCAUCAGCGUCUUGGAUUUCUUUUCCCCCCCCAUGGACCGCAGAAAUUAUGGAGGAACCAUUGUUCAGUAAAUCUCUUUGAAUCAUGGAUGUAGCGUAUGUAGUGACCUUCUUGCAGUUUGUUGGGGAAAGAUCUCAUUGGUAAAGCUGGAAAUUGAGGUUUUUUAAAAGAACAGCUGACUGCUUUUAGUUAAAUCUCAAAAAGCUCUCCGUCAAAGGGUUAAUAUUGUUCCCUGCUGCGCUUCUUUGUAAGCAUGAUAACAAUCUACAUUUUUAAAAACAAAACAGAACAAAAAAAGAAAAAAGAAAUGCCAUAAAUAUGAAAUGCAGACAGGAGAAAUGGUACAAUCUGAGCUAAAAACGUUUAAAAAAGAAAAGAAAAAUCAAAUGGAGGGUGUUUGCUAUCCUUACUAGAAUGUUCUAAUACGUCGAGGCAAUUGCUUGUGUUUAACUGUGAACAAAAUAAAAACGUAUUGUUUUGCACUA